AGUUGGGCGAUCAUUCAAACACUUGCUUACCGACGAGCAACAAUGUGCCAACGGAUAUAUUUUUAAAAUAAUUUGUUUGGAAUUAGUUUGUGCCGAAUUAAUGGACAAUACUGUGUUACUAUAGUGAAAUAAAUUAAAUAAAGUGAUUAAUUAAUAAAAGUUGUGUCAAAAAGUUUUGUGGUAUCAAACAUGGCAGGAUCACACAAGAAGCAUAAAACUGGAACGUACCAGAUCAUUAGAUCAUUUACUGGGGAUUGUCCGGCUGUUUCAAAUUAUCUUGCCGACAAGAAGACUAAAUCAGCUUGGUUGGCCCCAAAGUUUUUAGACGCGUUUUUCAGGUCUUACAGUCAGGUGAUGUUGUGCAACAAUACAUUAAGUGGUGUAAUUAUGUACAUAGCUUUAUUAUUCGCUCAUCCACUUGGAGCCUUCACAUCGACCAUAACUUGCUCUAUCGGAAUCUUUACUGCAUAUUUGAUCCGUCAACCAGGCAGCGUUUUGUCAAAUGGAUUAGCCGGGUACAAUCCGCUUCUUGUCGGCAUGGUGACAGCCGUCAGUCAACCCAAUAUGCUUACAGGUGAUACAGCUGUCAUCGCCUGGUUAUACGUCAUCAUUGCCUCUAUUAUAUCAGUAUACUUAGCAGUGCAUUUGGCAUCUCUGUUGGGUAGAGCCGGAGCUCCUGGUCUGACCUGGUCUUUCAACAUCACACAAUAUUUACUACUAAUUGUUCUCUGGACUUAUAGAGUGAAUAUUGAGCGACAUAAUUCUGUCACCGAAAUUAACAAGUCUCAAAUAUCUGAAUCUAAUAUCACACAUGCUUCCCUGCAAGACUCUAUAGAUGAUGAAAUUUUACCCAUCGACUGGAUCAAUGUAUUCUAUGGAUCCGUUGCAGCUUCUGGUCAAGUAUUUGCGGUCUACGACCUUGCAUUUUCCACCCUGAUCUACAUCGGCAUUUUCGUAUUUUCUCCAAUAAUGGCAGCAUCAAGUUUCCUAGGCGCUUUUUUUGGGCCACUUUUCUUCUUGGCAAUAUCAAAUGCAUCACUUGACAACUUGACUCUGGCAUAUAACGGAGUAAUGGGUUAUAAUCCUUUACUUUGUGCAGCUGCAUUAGGAGGAUUCUUUUACAGACUCAACUUCCAAACUGCAACUUUGAGCUGUAUAGGAAUAUUGAUUACAUGUAUUUUACAACUGGCCUUGGCGCCAGCUUAUCCCGAUUUUUUGAACGUGCAAACGAUUCCAUUCUGCAUCAGUACCUGCGUGUUUUUGAUAACUGAUUUGGGAACUAAUAAGGCGUUCAAGAAACCAAAAGUUAUUAGCUAUCCUGAAAAACAUUUAAGAGAAAACUGUGAUGAUUCAGAUUUUGAAGUUGAAACUGUAUCGUGUUCGGCCGCUGAUGAAAAUAGAAGUGAAGAUGAUAUUAGAAUUCCUGUAUCAGAAGAAGAACAUGCCGAGAGGCAGUAGUUAAGCUUAUUUCAUAAUUUCAAAACUGCUCAGAAAUAAAUUGCAAGCGACAGUGCAUUAGCUUCAAAGCUGUGCAGGAUAAAACGCUUGAGAAUUUUGACGAAGAACCGAUUUUGUUGGUAUUACCAGGACGUUUGAUACAGACAGGUCGUCAACAAGUUGUCUUAUGGAAAAAGUUGAGAUGACCAAGCACAAAUUGGGUAACUGAUAUAUUACUUGAUAGAAGUCUCAAAAUACUUGGCUAGCAUUGGAACCAUGAUAUUAUUUUGUAAAGUAUCAAAAUGUUUAGGAGGCUUUCUUAUAAAUAUGCUUCAAAAAUUUUAGACAAUGUGGUAAAAUAUGGACGAAGCUGUAUAGUCAGCAACAGCAUGACAUAAUAAUCAGAUGUCUGGUAAAAAAUUAAGGAAAUAUUCUUUGAUAUACGAACUAAAAAACAACAGUUUUAACCCCGAUUUUUUUAAAUGCCUUGUGUUUAUAUUUCAUACGAUUUAUCCAAAUUUCUGUUUAAAUGCUAAUUUCAACAAAAUUAAUGCGUACAACGUGACUGUUUUCCUCAACAAAGAGAAAGAAAAUCGCUAGCCGAAAGUGCUAUUAGUCUGGCUGAAGUAUAUGUAAAUUAUUCCCAACUGAGCUGAGAAUUUUUCAAGAGAUUGGUUUUGAAAAUAUGAUAAUUUGCGAAUCUAAUAUAAGAUAACUAAUUACUCUGAAGAAAACUCAGAAUUUUAAUAAAUGUAAUAGUUUAACGGUACUGGAUUUAUGAAUGUGAAUUAAACAUGUAGACUAGAAUUUUAUUAAAAACUACACGUAUUAUACAAAUUUUAUUAAAAAUAGUAGUUAUAAA